AUGGAUGGCGACGGCGACCCUGCCGUGGACCCCGAGCGACCAGAUGGCUUUACCCUCGUCCUCCCAUUGCCCUACCGGGUGGCUUUGGUCGUAGUACUCGGCGUCUGGGCCUGGGGCCUCAACCUCCACUACCUCCACCUCAUCCACAUCGACGUCCCAGCCCUAAUCCGCUACCCCUCCCGCCCAUCCUCCACCCACCCAACGCACCACCUCUCGACCUACCGCCUCGCGACCCUCCUAACCAUCCCCCUCCUCUUCUCCCUCGCUCUCUUCUGGCUCCUCACCCACGGCGACGCCGCCCUCGUGCAGCAAUGGUCCGUCCUACCAAACCUGUACCUCCUGCUCCUCUGUCUGCUCUUCAUCCUCCCCUACCACGACCUCUCCAAGUCCGGCCGCGCGCGCACCGUCGCGACCCUCAAGCGCAUCUCUCUCGGCGGCCUGGCCGAGGCCGCGGACGGGAAGUUUGGAGACAUACUCAUGGCGGACGCGCUGACGUCUUACGCGAAGGUGCUGGGCGAUCUGUUCGUGUGUCUGUGCAUGAUGUUGAAGGCGGCGCAUGGCUCGACGGGCCGCCCGGACAGGGCUUGCGGAGGCUGGUUCAUGGUGCCGUUGAUCAUCAGCAUACCGAGCAUGAUACGGCUAAGGCAGUGUUUGAUUGAGCAUCUGCGCAUUAGGAGGGGGAAUCAGGCGGCGAGGAGGGAGGGCCUGGCUGUGGGGAAGGAUGGAUGGGGGGGACAGCAUCUGGCUAAUGCGCUCAAGUAUGCGAGUGCGUUUCCGGUUAUCGUGUUGAGUGCCUUGCAGAGGGGCUAUGAUCCCGCGAGGAUUGGAAUGAGUGAGACGGGCUUGUUUAGACUGUGGCUCCUUUUCGUCUUCAUAAACUCCUUCUACUCCUUUUACUGGGAUGUAGCCAAAGACUGGGAUCUUCACAUGUUCUCUUCUAAGUCCGAGCGAGACAACCCAGAGUAUCCAUGGGGUCUGCGCCGCCAUCGGUAUUUCCACACCCCGGAAAUCUACUACGGCGUCAUCAUUGUAGACUUGUUGCUGAGAUGUACCUGGAGCUUCAAGCUGUCGCCGCAUCUUGACCACUUUAACGACCUCGAAGGCGGCAUUUUCCUGAUGGAGAUUCUUGAGGUCUUUAGGCGCUGGCUCUGGAUUUUCUUCCGCGUGGAGACGGAGUGGGUGCGGAAUAAUCGCGGUCCGGCUCCAGACGAUAUCAUGCUGGGCGACUAUGCCAACAAGAUCGAUGAGGAUUGA